CGGUCUUUCCUCAGCGUCGUCCGAUCGAUCUGUUAGCCAGUGGGUCUUCGUAUGCGCCGUCUGAUCGAUUCGAUGGGGUGGAGUAAUGAACGCGCGUGCACGUGGCGGGCAGGAGAAGCUGCCACGUGGCCGGCGGCAGCACACCCCGGCAGGUCUGAUCAUUUUCGAAUUUGACGAGCACGACGACGGCGAUGGGCUGUUUCUUGACGGUGAUCGUGAUGAUUGUGUGGUGUAUUACGCUGAUGCAUUAAUAUCUGCUAUGUGUACUUCGGCCCGCCUGAUCGAUCGGCCGAUCAUCGUCAUCAUCAUCAUCAUGAUUGUCAUCACCGGUGUGAUUGAUCUGAUGGCUGCUACUUUCCUUGCUGCUGCUGCUCCCACUGAUGAUGAUGUGAUUGAUCUGAUGGCUGCUACUUCCUUUGCUGCUGCUGCUCUCACUGAUGAUGAUGACGAUGAUGACAACGAUGAUGAUGAUGAGGAUGAUGAUGAUGAUGAUGAGGAUGAUGAUGAUGAUGAUGAGGAUGAUGGUGAUGACAAUCCCCGUCGAAUCGUCAUCAUCAUCAUCAUCAUCAUCAUGUGGGAGCAGCGGGAGCAGGAGGAAGAGACGUCAAAAACAGCAACACACAAGCGUAGGGACUUCGCAACAGGCUUGCUUGAAACUACGAUUUCUACCGAAACGACUCUGCAUCAGAAGUUUUCUUUUCACGGGGAAAUACUUGUUCAUGAUGAGAUCAAAGAGACAUCAACCAAACGGAUGAAGGCAUCAAGAUUGUCAGAUAAUGUCGUUCCCCCGGCGAUUGCCCCAAGUGUGAGAGGAAGUUCUUCCGAUUCCAACAGUGAGUUUUGGAAUGAAGCGGGUGUUCAAGCUCUUGAUGAAGUGGAGAAAGGUUCAGGGAAAUCUAGAGGAAGUUCUUCCGAUUCCGACAGUGAGUUUUGGGAUGAAGCGGCUGUUCAAGCUCUUGAUGAAGUGGAGAAAGGUUCAAGGAAAUCUGAAGCGGCUGUUCAAGAUCUUGAUGAAGUGGAGAAAGGUUCAAGGAAAUCUGAAAGUAUGCAUGCACCUGCUCUCAAUGAUGAUUUCUGGGAUGACGCAGCUAUUAUUGAAGCUGUUGAACAAGCGGAGAGAAGCUCUGGAAAAUCUGUGUCAGCCACUAUUCCAGAUCGGGUGAGAAGGUUCACAAAAGCAAAUGAUGCGAUUGACUUCCGAAAGUCAUUGGAUAAGUCAAUGUUCCCAAUCAUUUUGGCAUAUGAAUCACGGAAGACAAAAUUUGCAUUCGAAUACAUCGUGACACCUUUGGAGCAGUUUCUGGAAAGCUACAUGAAGAUGGAGAUGAACAAUAGACACUAUUACGAGUUGAUUCCUCUGAGAAAUUUUCAAGACACCUGCUUAUAAAGAUCCCUGGUGUUGUAUUUGGUAAUAACCAAAUGGUUUUGGACUUCAUCCAGAAGGUGUGCGCAUACAUUGAUCGCAACAGAUACAAGUUUCAAUCGUAUAAUGAUCUUUUUGUUACCACAUCAAAGGGAGAGGCCCUUUUCAUCGACAAAAUGUUUAUAAGGCUAAACAAUUGAUGAGGCUGCCUUUUUCCAUCAAGGGAGGUCUUUCAUCGCCUCUUGUUCCGACUGGGAACUUUGGUACUCUGUCAUUCACGGUUGACAAUGUUACUGAGUUGAGGAAAGUUUUUAUCACAGAGUUCGGUUUUGAAAGCGGAGGAUCUGAAGGGAGUGUCUGUGGACGCAGUUUGGAAGACUGUGCAGUGGUUGACAACAAUGUGCCCGCUGAGUCGGAACAUAAUUCUCAACAACAACUUCUCAAUGGUGGAGAUUUGGACAGCCUGUUUGAGCAUUUCGCUCUACGUGGUCGACUUACCAAGUUGAAGUCGUCACCAUUUCCUGCACUUGAUGCCUUUGUCAUAUCGCUUGCAAGCACAUACUGUCUGUCAAAAAAAGAAUGUUCUAUACGUGAGAUCACACUGUACCCUCAGACCUGGAAUAUUGUGUUCCACCUGCCAGGAACACGUUAUUGCAGCUAUAUCGGACGCGAGCAUUUGCGGAAUACAGGUGAGUUCUUUUUUUUUUCAAUUUACGUCCAUGGGUAGCUAGCUAUGUAAAAGCGCAUAGCACUCACACAAAGGAAAGAGUAGGAGCUACGAAAAGAUGUUCCACCAUGUGAAACUCGUAGCUGGACUAGGGUUGAAAAAAAAGCUGGUUGCGUAAGGGGCAGAAGGACAGUGACGAUUGCAUCCUGUGGCCAAGGAGCACAUCUUGUGGUGAUCAGACAUUGUAGUAUUGAAUGUUGAAGAUAAAUUGGGGAAACAUGGGAAAUUGAUAGCGAGAGAAUGAAAAGGAGCGAAAAAAAAUUGGAGGGUUGUAGAAGAGAGUAAAGCCUGCAAAAUUGU